AUGAGUUUUAGUAAUACAUGCUCACUAUCCAAUAACAGCAACAGUUCUAGUAGUAGUGAAGAUGCUACUUCUGGUAAAUUACAAUACACCGAAAGUGAUGAUGAAGGAAGUGAUGAAUACUGCGAAGGAGGGUAUCACCCAGUCAAAAUUAAUGAAAUAUAUAAUGAUAGAUAUAGAAUUGAAGGAAAAUUAGGUUGGGGACAUUUUUCAACCGUUUGGGUUGCUACUGAUUUAAAAAGUAAACCCUUAAAAUUUGUUGCUAUAAAAAUUCAAAAAGGAUCAGAAACUUAUACUGAAUCAGCCAAAUGUGAAAUUAAUUAUUUAAAUACAGUCAAAGUAAAUUCUUUUGAUUCUUCAUGGGUUGAAUUAAAAGAACAACAAAGAGAAAGAUUAUUUCAUUAUAAUAUGACUAAAGGAGUUGUCUCUUUUAUUGAUAGUUUUGAACAUAAAGGUCCAAAUGGUACUCAUAUUUGUAUGGUCUUUGAAUUUAUGGGUCCUAAUUUAUUAUCCCUAAUAAAACAUUAUGAUUAUAAAGGAAUUCCAUUAAAUUUGGUCAGAAAAAUUGCUACACAUGUGUUAAUAGGAAUGCAAUAUUUACAUGAUGUCUGUAAAAUUAUACAUAGUGAUAUCAAACCAGAAAAUGUUUUGGUCUCACCAUUGACUACUAUUCCAAAACCAAAGGAUUAUACCAAAGAUAAAUUAGAAUCAAAUAAAUCUAACCAAGUUGAAAAAAAAGAAAAUGACCAAAAUGUAGAUAAGAAAUUAAUUACUACAAUGAAUAAUAACAUAAAUACAAAUCUAAGUGAAAAAAAAAAAGUUAUUAAUGAUACACAAAAAAAUGAUAAAAAUAUAGAAUAUGAUCAAAAAUGUACGAGCAGUAAAGAAAAUAUUGAAGAUAAUGUAUCCUUUGUAAAUGAUCCAAGUGAUCCUAAUCAAAAGAAUAAUCUAAAUAAUAAUAUAACGGAUAAUAAUAUCAUACCCAGUAAUGUACAAAUAGAAAAACAAUCUACAUUAAGUAAAAAUAAAAAAAAUGAAAAAGAUUCAUAUAUAAAUAUAAACAAUUCUCUUACAAAUGAUGAUCAAAAUUUAAAAAGAGAAGAUAUCAAAUUUAAUGAUAAAGCGGAAGGGAUUACCAAAUAUGAUAUGUUAAAUAUUAAAAAUAAUAUAUCUAUUAAAGAAAAAAUAAAUGAUUGUCAUUCACCCAAUGAAAAUAAAAAUAAAGAUAAUCAUAAUCAAUGUGAAGACAAUUCGAUCAACAUAUGUAAUAACAAAAAUAAUAAUAUUCAAACAAAUAAUAUUAAUGAUAACACUGUUAACGAAAAAAUUAAUAAUACAUCAAAGAAGGAUAUGUUAAAUAAUACACAAAAUAAUAAUGAUUCCGAAAAGAACGACGUUGUUAUUGAACAACAAUUGGUAAAUGAAGAUAUUUUAAAAAAAAAAAACAAACAAACAAAAAAAAAAAAAAAUAUAAAUGAACCUCCAUAUGUUAAACAUAAACUAAGACCAUCAAAUUCGGAUCCUUCUUUGCUCACAUCUUAUUCUAAUAUACAUGCACUUCAAGAAACCUUGACAAGGAAACCAUAUCAUUAUAAUACCUAUUUUUUAAACAACCCCGAAAAAUAUAGAGAUAAUAAAAUGAAUCCAUACUUACACAGAUUGCCAAAUGAUUGCUUGAAAAAAAUCGAUCAAGAUGAUAGUGAUGAAACGGAAGAGGAGGAUGAUCUUUCAGAUGUAGACCAAAAUAAGGAACAAAAUAAGAACCAAUUAGAGGUCAACUUGCCAAAUAAUAAAUAUCCAAAUUCCAAUGAUGUGUAUAAAUUUUUUGAAAAAGAUAUUAAUAAAUUUCCCAUAUACUGCGACAUGUUUAAUCAUCUUAUACAUCCAGAAGCCUUACGAUUACAUGAAUUAUAUAUGAAAAAUAAAAAAAACAUCGAUUCUAACAAUACAAUGAAUGAUUUAGGUAAUAAUCAAAAUAGUCAUAAAGUAGUAUAUAUAAAUACUGAAGAUGGAGAAUAUUGUAUUAGGCCAUACGAUCCGUCUGUUUAUUAUCAUGAAAAAUCAUGUUAUAAAAUAUGUGACCUAGGAAAUAGUUUGUGGAUAGAUGAAUCAAGAUAUGCCGAAAUUCAAACUAGACAAUAUCGAGCCCCUGAAGUUAUUUUAAAAAGUGGGUUCAAUGAAACAGCAGAUAUAUGGUCCUUUGCAUGCAUGGUAUUCGAAUUAGUAACAGGAGACUUUUUAUUUAAUCCACAAAAAGGUGAUAGAUAUGAUAAAAAUGAAGAACAUUUAAGUUUUAUAAUUGAAGUGUUAGGAAAUAUACCAAAGCAUAUGAUUGAUGCAGGGUAUAAUUCCCAUAAAUAUUUUAACAAAAAUAAUUAUCGACUUAAAAAUAUAAGAAAUAUUAAAAAAUAUGGUUUAUAUAAAAUAUUAAAAUAUAAAUAUAAUCUUCCUGAAAAGGAAAUUAGCCCCUUAUGUAGUUUCUUAUUACCCAUGUUAUCUGUGGAUCCACAAACGCGCCCCUCAGCAUAUACCAUGCUUCAACACCCAUGGCUUAAUAUGGUAUCAUUAGAAGAAGGGGAUGACAUGUAUAUUAAUGAUGAAUCAUAUUCUAUUAAUAAUGAUAGAAACAUGAAAAAUAAUAGUAAUAGUAAUAAUUUCAUCUACGACGGUCAUAAUAGUAGUAAAAAUAAAAAUUCUUCAAAUAAAAAAAAAAUUGAUGUAAACUACAAAAUUGGUAAUAAUGGAAAUAAUGCUUAUAACGAUAACUAUUAUAAUAAAAAUUAUAAAAAUAAUAAAAAUAAUAAAAAUUUUAAUGAUGAUGUUGUAGAACCAUCACCAGAUCAAUAUAUGCAUGCAAAUUAUAAUAAUGAUAUUGUGCAUGCAGUUUUGUAUGAAAAGCCAUAUAAUUCAAAUAAUGUCAUUUCAUACACUAAUAACAAAGGACAUAAAAAUAAUUUUGAUAUUAAUUAUUUACAACAUAGGAAUGAUAAUAAUUCGAACAAACAAAAUAUUUCAUUAACUACAAACGAUUAUACAUUUAAUUCGGAUUAUAUUGCUAAUAUGAUGGAUCAUGACACAUAUAGAAAACAAAUAAUAAAAAAUAUUCCUGCACAUCAAAUUUCAAAACUAAAAGAUGGUAAAAAUUUUAAGGCAUAUAAUGAAUCUAUUCAAUAUGAAAUGCAUGAUUUUCAACAAUACAAUGAACAUGAUUUUGAAUACAAAUUUAAUAAAAGAUUUGAACAUGCACAUCAUAUAAAAGAAAUGAAACAUAACGAUGAUGAUUACGAGGAGGAAGAUGAAGAUGAAGAUGACGAUGAUGAAGAUUAUGAAAGUGAUGUUGAUUAUGAUGAUGAUGAUGAAUAUGAUGAAGGACAAGAACAUGAUGCUGAUCAAGAUGAAAAAAACAACGAUAACGAAAAACAACAAGAACAACAAAAUUACGGUGAAAAAUAUAAUUAUGAACAUUAUGAAAAUAAUAUGGGUUAUAAUAAAAACAUUCAACAAUUGUCAUAUACAAAUAAUAAUGAUGAUGAAAAUAAUUUUUGUGAGACACAAAAUAUAUAUAUAUUACAAAACAAAAGAGAUAUAAAUUUUAAAGAAUGUACACCACGAAAUAAUAUCAACAAAGAAAUAAAAAGUGAUAAAUAUCAAUCCAGUAAAGUUAUAAAUCAAAAAGAUAAUUAUUGGAAUUACAAAAUCAAAGAAAACACAAAAUUAAGAGAACAUGCAAAAAAACAACAUUAUAGCAACAACAAUAAUAUCAAUAAAAAUGAUAAUACUAAUAUAAUGAACCAAAUAGAUACCAAAGAUCAAAUAUCCAAAAAUUUACAUGAUUUAUCAACAAAUAACAAUAUGGACCAAAAACACGGUGCAUUACAAAAAAUGCAUAUGAACGAAAAAACAAACCAAGACAAACCAUUAAAUGACGAAGAAAUUUUAAUCGAAAAUAGAGAUGACCAGAAUGUUAAUAAAAUCAAUUGCAAAGUUAUUAACAAAAAAAACUCUUGUGCAUAUACUUAA